ACAGUGCUGGAGCUCAUCAGGGUCGCGAGCGCAUCACGGAGCAACACAACACAACACAUCACAUCACAUACGUACUAUCGCGGAUACAGACACCGGACACAGACACCGGACACAGACACCGGACACAGACACCGGACACAGACACCGGACACAGACACCGGACACAGACACCGGAUACAGACAGUUCAGAGAUCAUCUCAUCAUGCCUGUAGCCACCACUCACACGGAGCCUGCUCUGUCGCAGGUGGAUGCUCUGAGUGACAGCACCAGCUCCGCCACGGCCAACGACCUCGACCUCAUCUUCCUCAAAGGCAUUAUGGAGAGUCCACUGAAUGCUGAGAGUCCGGAGGAACCUCGUCUCGAGGCAGUGGGAGACAAAAACAUAGAGCUGCUGCAGGACAUCCUGAGGGACCUGAGUCCCAUCACUCACCGCAGUAACACAGCUGCCGAGCUCUCGAACAUCCUGAACCAACCCCAUUUCCAGUCUCUCCUGGAGACCCACGACUCAGUGGCCUCGAAAACGUGUGAAACUCCUCCCCCGAGCCCACAAGCCUCUGUGGAGCUGAACCUGCCGCCGGUCCCCACUGACGCCGUGCGCAUGGUGGGCAUCCGCAAAGUGGCCGGGGAACAACUGGGCGUGACUUUCCGGAUUGAGAACGGAGAACUGGUGAUCGCUCGGAUUCUGCACGGAGGGAUGAUCGAUCAGCAGGGUCUCCUCCAUGUAGGGGACAUCAUAAAGGAAGUGAACGGGAAGGACGUGGGAGACGACCCACGAGUGCUCCAGGAGGUGCUGCAGGAGGCCAGCGGCAGCAUCGUGCUCAAAGUCCUGCCCAGCUACCAGGAGCCGCAGCCCCCCAGACAGGUCUUUGUGAAGUGCCAUUUUGAUUAUGACCCGGCCAGCGACAACCUGAUUCCCUGUAAGGAAGCCGGACUUCAGUUCAGCAGCGGAGACGUCCUGCAGAUCGUCAACCAGGAGGACGUCAACUGGUGGCAGGCUCGACGGGUUGAAGGAGGACGUGCCGGGCUCAUCCCCAGUCAGCUGCUUGAGGAAAAGAGGAAAGCGUUCGUAAAGAGAGAUGUGGAGCUCCCACCAGCAGGUACACUGUGUAGCGGGAUCGGAGGCAAGAAGAAGAAGAAAAUGAUGUAUCUGACCACCAAAAACGCAGAUUUCGACAUGCAUGAGCUGAUGAUCUAUGAGGAAGUGGCCCAGGUUCCUCCGUUCAAGAGGAAAACACUGGUUCUGAUCGGAGCUCAGGGAGUCGGGCGACGCACCCUAAAGAACAAGCUUCUGGUUUCUGAUCCUCAUCUGUUCGGGACUACGAUCCCCUACACUUCCAGGAAGCCUAAAGCGGGCGAGAGAGAGAGCAGGAUGUACGCCUUCACGUCCCGAAGCAAAAUGGAGGCUGACAUUAAAGCAGGCCGGUACCUGGAGCACGGCGAAUAUGACGGAAACCUGUACGGCACCAAGAUCGACUCCAUCCACGAGGUAGCCGAGGCGGGACGUCUCUGCAUCCUGGACGUCCACCCGCAGUCUCUUAAGAUCUUGAGGACAUCCGAGUUCCUGCCUUAUGUAGUUUUCGUCGAUGCUCCAGAGUUCGAGGUGCUCAGAUCCAUGAACAGAGCAGGCAUCGAGGCCGGAGUGGUCAGCAAAGAGCUAACGGAUGCUGAGCUGAACAGGAUACUGGAUGACAGCUGGAGGAUUAAGAAGGCGUACGGACACUACUUCGACCUGACUGUCGUAAACGACGGCCUGGACCGAACCUACAGCAGUCUGAAGGCUGAACUGAAGAAGCUGAGCGGAGUUCAACAGUGGGUUCCAGUCAGCUGGGUGUUUUAGAGGACUGUCCCUCAUUCGACCCUCAUUUCA